AUGGGCAUGGGUUUCUACCAAUCGAUGGCAGAUCCGUGUCUUUACAUACGCCAGAAGGAUGGUAAGUCAAUUUUUGUCCUUAUCUAUGUUGACGAUGUGAUCGUGAUCUGUUUCACGGAAGAGGAGUUUGCUGAAGUGAUCGAAGUGAUGAAACAAAACUUCACGAUCAGCGUCAUGAAUAACCUACGUUUUUUCCUUGGGAUACGUGUUCGGAUGGUCGAUGGGCGUUACUGUCUUGACCAGCAGGCCUACUUGGAGCGGGUUCUGGAGCGGUUUGGUAUGCAGGACGCAAAGCCGUCGAAAUACCCGAUAGAUCCCGGCUUUUUAAAACAAAAGGAGGAGAGUAGUAGGAAACUGGAUUCACCGAAAGCGUACCAGAGUCUAAUAGGUGCUUUGUUGUACGUCGCCGCGACCACCCGGACCGAUGUAUCGAUCGCCACGUCAAUACUUGGAAGACGAGUCACGAAGCCGACCGAAGCGGACUGGGUUGAGGCCAAGAGGGUACUUCGCUACCUUAAGGGUACAUUGGACAAGGUACUGUACCUCGGAGGAGACGGACAGAAACUGGAAUGUUUUGUGGACGCCGACUGGGCGGGCGACGCUAGUGAUCGCAAAUCAAACUCGGAGUUUGUCUUCAAGUACGGCGAUGGACUCAUCGGAUGGGGCUGCCACAAGCAGAAAUGUGUGGCCUUAUCGAGUACCGAAGCCGAAUACGUUGCCCUCGCCGAGUGCAUGCAGGAGGUGAAGUGGAUCCAGAAGCUCAUGCUGGACGUUGACGAGCAGUUGGUUUUACCAAUUUUGGUUAAGGAGGACAACCAUUGCGUUGACCCGUGGAGACCGAGCUGA